GCCGCGGAUCCCCCUCUACUCGCCCCUGUUGACCUGCUCAUCGGCUGCUGCUGCCUGCUGGUUGACCCGUCUUGGCUGUCUGGCGUCUGCGGAUACAUGAACUCGGAUUACUGCCUGCCAUUUUAUCUUGCUUGUCGUUAGCUCUUAGCACACUAGGAACUAGUAGCCAUGGCAGCCCAACCCACUCCCACCCUGCGCAUGCGCAGCCUCAUCGCCGCUUCGAUCGAGGAACAGAAGAAUAAGCCUGAGCUCUCCCAGGUACUGGCCAAGGCAGGCAAGCGUGCCAUGGGCGGUGGUGCCGCAGGCGCUGCAGCCAUGGGGGUCCAGGUUGUCUCCCUCCUCUGGCUGCGAACCAUCAUGAACUACCAGUACCGCAACGGUGGAAGCCUCCGUGCCGUCGUCCGAACCCUCUAUGCUGAAGGCGGCGUGCUGCGAUUCUAUCAAGGCCUGCUGCCCGCCUUGGCCCAGGGCCCUCUCGCCCGUUUUGGUGACACGGCCGCCAACGCCGGUACUCUGGCCCUCUUGGACUCAUACGAGGUCACGGCUUCCCUGCCGGUGGGCGUCAAGACGGUGGCCGCCUCUGGUGCUGCUGCCUUCUGGCGCGUCUUCCUCAUGCCCAUCGAUACCUGCAAAACCAUCAUGCAAGUCGAGGGCAAACAGGGUCUUUCCAAGCUUGGCGCCAAGAUUCGCGUCGGUGGACCAGGUGUCCUGUACCACGGUGCCCUGGCUGCCAUGUCCGCCACCUUUGCGGGCCACUACCCCUGGUUUGCAACUUUCAACAUUCUCCAGGAGUCCAUUCCGCAACAAGAAGGUGUUUGGGGCAAGUUUGCCCGCAAUGCGGGCAUUGGCUUUUGUGCCUCAGUCGUCUCGGAUACCGUUUCCAACUCGAUUCGCGUCACCAAGGUGGCCAAGCAGGCGGCAACCGAGUCCAUCACAUACAUGCAAGCAGUCAAGGGUGUCAUUGCCAAGGACGGCAUUGCCGGUCUCAUGUUCCGCGGCCUCCAGACGCGCAUCUUGGCCAACGGCCUGCAAGGCAUGAUGUUCUCAGUCGUGUGGAAGGCGCUUCAGGAGCAGUAUUUCAAGCAAGCUUGAGCAGACCCAGGGAUCAGGACUUAUAGCUCUAAUGACAUUGUGUAAGAAUAUGUUUGUUUCUUCUCAGCCGUGUUUAUUAAACGACUGCGUGUGUGUCCGGCCAGGCAGAGCCCCCACGUAUCCGGUCCGUUUUUCGUGUCUUGUUUUCUGAUUCUUCUUGGAGCAAUCGACCCGCAAAGGG